AUGAUCGACAAGUCUAGCAAUCUCACCCUCUACGAUCACCUCAGCUCGAGCUUCUGCGUCCAAGUGCGCAUCGCUUUGCGCGAAAAGGGAAUCCCAUUCAACUCCAUCAUCCCUUCUGGCCUAGGCACAGGACAGGAUCGCGACCCAUCCUGGUCCUCUGCCAAUGUUCGCACGCAAGUCCCCACUCUCCUCGACGAUGGUGGGGCCACUCAGGUCUUUGACUCUACGAUCAUCAUCGAGUACCUGGAGGACAAGUUCGGUCGCUCCCUCCUCCCUGAGACGCCUGCUGAGCGCGCAAAGGCGAGGCAGAUAGAGGAUGUCGUGCAGACGACGUACGAAGCCAUUAAUUGGGGAUGGGCGGAGGUUGUCUGGGGGAAGAGAGGGAGUGAGGAGUUGCAGCAGAAGAUCAAGAGAGAGGCGAGACGGCAGGUCAAGGUAGUGCACGAAUGGCUCACUGAGCAGUUGGGAUCGCAACCCUACUUCAAUGGCAACACCUUUGGCUGGGCAGACGUCGCCGUAGCUCCCAUGGUACAUCGCGGCGUCAUCUACGGCGACGGUAUGGAGCCCGCUACGAACUCCCCGCUCGCACAGUGGCAUGCCCGUAUCAUGGAACGAUCAGCUGUCAAGCAGACGCUCGACGAGAUGGAAAAGGGGGCGAAAGCUAUGGGCGAUAGCUACACUACGGUGUUCGCGCCAGGCAGGGGGAACAAGAGGGAGUAUGGAAGUCAUCGCUUGGAGUUCAUGCUCAAGGCUGGAGGGAUGAGUGUGGUUGAAGAGGGACUCAAGGAGGGGACGAUCCGCUUCGGCUGGCCAGAGGGAAAGAGUGGUGACGAUGUGUGA